AUGGUAAUGAUGCGCUACGUGCUGUGUAUCCUCGCUCUCCUGCUCUCCUGUGCGUGUGUGCACGUCCUCGCUGAAGAAGUGCCUGCCGCCGAUCUUUCCGACCAAGUCCCUGAUACGGAGAGUGAGACAAAGAUUCUUCUUCAAAAUCAAAGUCCCAGAGGUGAACCUGGUGGUGCAGAUGGUAAAGAGUCGGAAAGAGAGAAGGUACCGGAAAGCACCAACUUGCCAUCGAAAACAUCUCAAGCAGGAGAAGUUGCAGGGUCGGAAAGAAGUCUUGUGGAACCUGGUACAUUGUCACGGGAUCAACUAGGAGUAACGUCAGCACAAGAAGUUGAUGUGCAAGGCCCUCAAGGUCCCAACGGUGAAUCUGGUAUACCUGGUGCCCCUGGUGCUAGUGUUGUUCCUGCUCCUCCAUCUACUCCACGUGCUGAAGCGAGUGGUAGUGUUCAGCCUGCAAGUGGAGGUCAACCAGAAAGUGAUGCCAUCAAUACAACAGGCGGAACCGAAGCAACAAACGCGCAGGGUGACGCACAGCAAACUUCUUCUACCAAUUCAGCCACAGGGAAUGCCGCAACUGCGGAUACUGAAACAACAGAGAACAACACUCCUGAUGCAGGGAGUGAAUCAACAAGUAACCAAGAAGAGGUUACCGGAAGUACAGAAUCAACCACCACCACCACCACAACAACAACAACAACAACACUUCCUCCUGAACUCACAAACAACAAGAAGGGUGAUGCAGACAGCAGCAGCAGUAUCAGCAGUUCUGUGUGGGUGCGUGUGCCACUACUGAUUGUGGUUACACUGGCCUGUAUUCUUGUAUGCUGA